UCAAAGCAGACACGGAGAGAGAAACAAGCCCGGGCACAUUACUGCAUUUAUGUCGCCUCACACUGACAGCUGCUCCGCUUUACAUACCAGCACCGAGACUAGAACAUAAACAAUAACAACAACACGCGUGGAUUGUCAAGACAUUUUUUUUUUCCUUUCCCCCCCACUAUCGCGGAGUACCUGUGCAGGGGACCAGGGCGACCGCGACUGCUUCGAUGACGACUCUGGAGGAUGAGCUGACGUCGGCGGCCGCCACGGGGAACGCGACCGAGGUGGAGCGACUCCUCCGGGCAGGGGCGGACGUCAACGCGGCCAACCGGCUCGGUUACACCGCGCUGCAGGCGAUGAUGAUGGGCAGCACCCCGGUGGCCCAGCUCCUGCUGGCGGCUGGCGGCGACCCGAACGUGGCGGACGCGCGCACCGGGAGCACGCCGCUGCACGACGCGGCCCGGACGGGCUUCGGCGACACCGCGCGGCUGCUGGUCCGCUUCGCCGCUUCCCCGCAGGCCAAGGACCACGCCGACUCUCGGCCCGUGGAAGUGGCCCGGAGACACGGCCACGCCGACGUCGUGGCCUUCCUGGAGACUUUGUGAGGAACAGUUUUUUUUUUUUUUUUUUUUUUACUUUUUUUGAAAGGGGACUGGACUGUCCCGUUGAAUUUAUUUAUUAAAGGGUCAGGCACUAAAGACACUUCUCUGAAUCCGGAUUAGGUUUAUAUAGAAAGAAGGUUGGAAAUUUCCACCAGACUUUUUUUUUUUUUAAUGUUAUUUAUUUGCAUAUUUGGACUUUUACUUGAAUAACUCAAAUCAUCAAAUUGACUUAUGUCGCUAAUAUAGUCUAUAAUUGACGGUUAUUAAGAUUAUGGAUUUUAAAACACUGUCUCGACAGAGCUACAUAUUUGAAAAGAACAGCUCAUAAACAAUUAAAAACCAAGUUGUUAACAACAUUUAUAAAAAAUAAAAAAAUAAAAAAUAAAAUAGUUGUACGUCAAUAAAGGACAUUUUGAUUAAGGUUUUUAAGUAAAAUGAGGUUAGUGUGGAACGAAGAUAAAUGGUGACAGCAUGGAGAGUUAAGACGGAAGGGAAUCAAUAGCACUUUUUGCACAAAUCACACACCCUUCCAAAUGCCUUUUGAUUUUCAUUUGUAUCAUUAACUCUUUUAUGGCUCAUAAAGUGGCUUUUACCAAUCAUGUGUGUAUUCUGCAUCAGCAUGUAAGAAAUAAAAGUGAAUUUCAAAUCUGUCCAACAUUCACAUUUAAUAAAUCCCUUUAGAGCAUGCGAGUGAGUUUCAUGUGUUCUACACUUCAGCAUCAAAGCAUCAAAGACAA